AUGGAAGUCGAUGCAAAAGAAAAGACGCUUAAGGCAAAGCAAAAGGAAUAUGCUGUGUGUCAUAGCGCUGUGGAAAAUCAGAGGAGUAUGAUACAGGACGAGCAGAGGAAGAAACACGAGUUGAAAUCAUCUGUGGAAGAGGAUACGGCUUUAAUCGAUUCCCGAAAGCGUGAAUUCCAGAAACUGCAGCUGAGCAUCGCUGGAAAGGUCGAGGAAGCGGAGCGCGAUCGUGUGGCCCUCGAGUUAGCUCGAAAGCGAGUAGCUGCGUUGUCAGUUGGCAUGGUCGUCGAUAAAAGUGGAGAGCGUGUUUCUUUGAAAAAACAGCUUAUGGAUACUAGAAAGGCUAUCUCUGGCAUAGAAAUCGAAAAUGCGCGAAUUAACACAAAAACUCGUGUCCGUUUUACCUACGCCGAUCCUGAACCAAAUUUUGAUCGUUCGAGAGUUAAAGGAGUCGUUGCGGAUUUGAUACAGUUAAAAGACCCCAAGUUUGCGACGGCGGUCGAGACGGCAGCAGGUGGCGGCCUUUACAAUGUCGUGAUCGAUACGGCGGAGACCGGAAAGCUCUUGUUGAAAAAAGGGCAGUUGGAGCACCGGGUUACGUUAAUUCCGCUUAACAAAAUAUUAUCGUCCGUCAUUCCGAAGAGAGUCAUCGAACGAGGAAAGUCUUUGGUAAAGAUUUUUUAUUCAUUGCCCCUUAUCAAUCUGUUUCCAUUUAGCGGAAAAACUCAUGUAAGUUCAAAAAUAUGUUAAAA